AUGCCUGCAUGUAGUUGUACACAAAACGGACGGAAUCGGUGCGGCACGUCGAAAGCGGUGAGGUCACACGGCGGCAAUCUCGCUGAUGGGCAUCUUGACGAGGACGGAGAGGCAGGGGGCAGGCUGUUGCUUGUGGAGCACCAGGACCUGGAUGUCGUCUGCGAUCCCCAGCUCCGAGAUGAAGUCCACCAGACUCUCCGGGUGGACACUCACGCCAGGGAUCAGGAUCGGGAUCUGAAGAGACGUCGAAAGGACCCACGGGGGAAUUUGAACAUUUCCCCCUCGGAAACGCACCUGAGUGGUGAGCUUGAGGGGGAGAUUCGCGUCGAUCGAGAUCGGGGUGGCGGCCGAAUCCAGGGAGGCCACCGUCCGAACCUCAUGGCAGCAACCCCAUCGGGACAGCGAAAGGAAUCGACCAUCUCCUUCUCUCGAAACACCUUCACCGCCCCGCUCGCCAGCCCCACCGCCCACAGCGUGAGCCCCAGGUGCGAGACCUCCAGCAGCUCCGAGCACAGGACGGUCCCCCCGACCGCCGCGUCCCACUCCAGCCUCCCCUGCGUCGUGUACGAACGCAGCAUCCCGUCUGAGCCGGCCACCGCGAUCAUGCAUCGAGACCGGCAGCGCCGGCAGGAAGAGGACCUGCCUCCCUUCCUCGCUUCCCCGGCGGACGUCGUAGAUCCCCCCUCCCCUCGUGGACACCAGGACGCGGAAGUCCACGUCGUACAGACCCGACACGGCCAGGUGCACGGGGAUGUCUCCCACCGCCACCUACACGACCGGUAUAGCAUUCCAAUCGACAUGCCGUAUUCUUUCAAGUAUCGGUCCGGCAAGGAUGGUGAACGCAUCGGGAUCCAGGAUGUAGACGUGGGAGCUCUCGGUGCCCAGGACGAGGCACGACACGGAGCCCGGAUCCGGGUGGCUCUUCUUCAGCGUCUCCAUGCACGUCACGACCGAGGGAACGGACUGACAUGUUACACCUGCUUCCAUCUUGGAGUCACCCAAAUGUGCCCUGAAGGUAUCUGGUUUAAAACUGAAUGCAAAGAUGCUGCACGCAACGGAAGUUGGUUCUGUGCUAAUGGGUACGACGAAGCAGGGAAAACAGUGUAUGCAGGCUGCAUCUCGUCGGAAACGGGUGGGUGCAAAAACAUAGAGCUAUUAGACAUCUUUGGCGUAACCGUGGCAUGCCUCUGCGAGGAAGACCUGUGCAACAACCCCCACAACACCAUCAAUUCCACCUCCUCAUCGGUCAUUAAAUCCACUCCACCUCCGGAGCAAUCGACCAUGCCUCCACUUGGACAAGGGGCCUCCUUCCUCGUGCCUCCUCAUCUCUUCUCCCUCUUAGUCAUCACGCUUCACAGAGUGCAAUAG